AUGGAAGCACGCUUUCCUUGCAUAGAACAUAAUAAUGGUAGAAAAGGAGGAAAUACAAAAGUGCAGAAAUGUCAAAAGAAGGGAAAGGGAGAGGAAAAGAAAUGUAUAGUAAGAGUUGAGAUGCGCAGGCACAAGGCAAAACCAAGUUUUAGUUUUACUGUAAACAUCGAAAAAGUGACUGUCAAAUUGUUUAUUCAUGAAGCUAAGAGUGCUACUUCUAUUGAUGAGUGCCUGAGAAUUAGGAGACAGCAGUUAUUAUGCAUGCAGCUUGCAAUAUCAACAACUACCAGAGUCGUAAAGUAUUAA